AAUCUGAAAGGCCAAAAACACACUUCCCUUCCAAUUCCUUCAUCAGUGAUUCUGAGUGUGGUCAUCAGUGUGAUUGUAAAUCAUUAUUGUGCAACGAAAAAUCCUUUCACUUUUGUGUUCCGAAUUGUGCAUCGAAUCGGAUUCGAAUAAAAAAUUGUUUUUCGAAGCCACGAUGAAGCCAAUUUUUGCGGAAAUUUUCAUUUUCUGCACCAUUCUAUGUGCACUACAAACAUGCGGCUAUUCAAUUAUUAAACGUUCCGCCGACAUUAAAAAAGCUCCAGUGCUGGACAAAAAGUCCGGAAUCGUAAAGAAAUGUGAUCCAUGUCCGAAAGGUAUAACAUGUGUGCCACCAAUUCAAUGUCCAGCGGUUUUGAGGUUAGAAGAAGAUAAAAGACCUCAAAUGUGCGAUCUGCCGGGCGAGUCACAUGGUUACUGUUGCACGUCGGGGCACAACCAUACCAUCGCCAUCGAACACAAGCAUCAUGCUCACAUUUCACGAUCUUCGUCAAGCUCGGUGCAUGCUCAUGACAUACAUGAGCGUAAGCAAAUGCAGUCUUUAUUAGAGCAGGCGAAAGCCGAAUUUGCAACCAUGAUGCACGAUGAAAAGAUGAAUGUUAAACACAUUAAGAAAGGAAAGCCAGAAGAUUUCCAUCAAAUGGUGUUCAGAUCGUCGAAACAAGCCACAAUGAGAGCCCUCGAUUUAUCGCAUCGAGCAAUGGAAAAUGUGAUUGCCAGUCGACUGUACAAACGGAGGGAGCGUAUACCAAUCGAAGAGUUCGAACUCAACCAAGUGCAGGCGUUCUUGGACGACACAUCGUUUCAACAAAAUAUGUGCGCGGAACAGGUUGUCUGUCCACCAGAUCCACCGAAAUAUCGAACAGAAAACGGUCAAUGCAACAACUAUCAUCCGUUGAGAACCGCCUGGGGAUCAGCAGGUUAUCCAAUGGAACGACUAUUGCCGCCGUCCUAUCUGGAUGGCAUUUGGGAAGCGAGAACAAUGUCGGUUCAUGGUACACCUUUGACGAAUGCUCGAACGAUUUCCAGGGAAUUGGUGGCAGAUGUUGAUCGUCAACAUCCGGAAAUAAACUUGUUGUUCAUGCAAUUCGGACAGUUGAUAACGCAUGACGUCACUCAAUCGUCGUCGACAACAACUGCCGAUGGAAGAUCAAUUGAUUGCUGCACGGAAGAUGGUUCAUCUGUCGUACCUCCACCGUUCCUACAUUACAGUUGCAUGCCCAUUGAAAUCGAAUCGCACGACGAAUUUUAUUCUCAGUUCAAUCAACGGUGCAUUAAUUUCGUUCGAUCGUCAUUGGCGCCCGAUAAUCAAUGCAAACUUGGAUAUGGCAAGCAAAUUAGCAAAGUUACACAUUACCUGGACGGGUCUGCCAUCUACGGAUCAGAACUGAAAACGUUCGGGGAAGUGCGGGCAUUUCGUCACGGACAUCUUCUAAUGUUUGACGAUUUCGGAAGACCAUUGUUGCCUCUGACGAACAAUGAAAAGACUUGUGCACUUGAAUCGUCGCCGUGUUUCUUCACCGGCGACGGUCGAUCCAAUCAGAUCAUCACGCUUACGGCGCUUCAUCAACUAUUCGCUAGAGAACACAAUCGAGUGGCUUCGAUUCUUGGUCACAUAAAUCGGCAUUGGUCCGACGAUAAAAUUUUCUACGAAACUCGAGCGAUUAUCAUAGCAAAAUUACAGGUCGUCAUUUACAAGGAAUGGUUGCCGCUGCUAAUUGGUGUCGAUGCAAUGCAUCGAUUUGGUCUGAAUAUCCAAGCGCAUGGUUACUCGCACGACUAUGAUGAAAAUGUUAACGCUGCUGUAACGAGUGAAUUUUCAUCAGCAGCAUUCCGUUUCGGCCACUCAAUUGUGGAUGGAAAACUGAUCGUUCAUAACGGACCGGACAUUGAGGAGAUUAUUCGCAUUCCGGACGUUAUGUUUAAUUCGGCACGAUUACGGCGCCGCAAUUUCUAUGACGAAUUGAUGAACACUUUGCUGCGUCAGCCUAUGCAACAAGUUGACUCGGCUGUCACACAUGGGUUAAGCAGAUUUCUGUUCCGAAAGAACAAUCCAUUCGGAUUGGAUUUGGCCUCCAUUAAUAUUCAACGUGGAAGAGAUCAUGGUAUUCGCGCCUACAACGACUACUUGGAAGCAACAGGUCAUUCACGUGUAGCAUCAUUCGAGGAAUUCGGUCCGGAGAUUGCAGUCAAAUUAGCAAGAGUCUAUUCCCAUCCGGACGACAUCGAUUUAUGGGUUGGUGGCCUCAUGGAACGUUCGUCAACAGACGCAUUGGUUGGGCCAACGUUUGCGGAAAUAAUCGCCGAUCAGUUUUCGCGCUUCCGGAGAGGUGAUCGAUAUUUCUUCGAGCAUAAUCCAGAUAUCAAUCCAGGUGCAUUUACUGAGCCUCAAUUGCAACAAAUACGAUUAGCAACCAUGUCGCGUAUUAUCUGUGAUAAUGCUGAUGGUUAUGCUCUUUCGACUGUCGCUCCGUAUGCAUUCAGGCUGCCUCAUGUUCACGGAAAUGCUCCAGUUCCAUGUGGUGAUACUGUGUCGAUUCCGCAGGAAGAUUACAGCUAUUGGAAGGAGUGAGCCGUCUGUGUUAUUUGUUUUAUUUUUCGUUAUUGUUUUGUAGAUUUUAAGGAUUUUUUUUGGAAAAUUUAUGAUCCAGAAGUUUAUGCAUAAAGUGUUGUUAUAAUUAGUCAAUUUUUUCUGAUAAUUUUUUUAAAAUAAAUUUUUAAUGUUGAAGAAACAG